AUGCCACGUGAUAAUAAUGGUCCGUUAUUUGACGACGUGCAUGCCGAUCUUCGAUAUGAUACUUCACGUCGCCAUUUCAACAAUACAAAUAUAACACCGCAAACGACAAUUCGCAUUGUCGAUGGUCACACAUUCGAUCUGGUAGGUCGGUAUUCCAUGCCGAAAACGAUUGGAUCCGGUGCAUUUGGUCAUGUCAUAUCAGCAUGGGAUAAUUUACUACAACGUAAAGUUGCAAUCAAGAAGAUUCGUCUACGACCUAUGAAUGCCGAAGAAGCUAUGUUAUUCUAUUCUCGUUCGUUACGUGAAGUUUGCAUUUUACCACCACUCAAACAUGAUAAUAUCGUACAAGUUCUUGAUUGUUAUACAUCCGCACUUUGUGCUGAACAAAUGACUGAAGUUUAUUUAGUAACAAAUCUCAUGCGAUUAGAUUUACAUCAACUGAUCAAAACAAAUAAACAACGGCCAGAUAAUAUGAGAAUUAUUACAGCUAGUCAUAUAACACAUUUUCUCUAUCAGAUACUUCGAGCAUUGAAAUUUAUUCAUUCAGCAAAAGUCAUGCAUCGUGAUUUGAAGCCCAGCAAUAUUUUUAUCGAUCUUGAUGGUCACUUACGUAUCGGUGAUUUUGGUCUUGCUCGUGUUCCAGAAGAAAACCUUGAAACACCAAUGACGAGCUACGUCUGUACACGAUGGUAUCGCGCACCCGAAUUAAUGUUAUUGAAUGGUACUUACACAGCGUCAAUGGAUAUGUGGUCCGUUGGUUGUAUCUUAGCAGAACUAAUCUACGGUCAACCAUUGUAUCCCGGUCGACAUCAUCUGGACCAAUUACGUUUGAUUCUUGAACAUCGUUGUGGCUCACUUGGUUUUCCUUAUCAUCAACACAAGAUUGCUUAUCCUCUGAUAACUGAUAAAUCAUUGAAUUCACUUCGUCGUUCAUUGUCGAAAUGUCCGAAUGAAUAUCCACAUAUAUUUUCUCCAUUAGAUUCAAAUGUCUUCGUGCCCGGUGUUGAUAAACAUGCGUUCGAAUUAUUAGAACAAAUACUCCAAAUGAACCCAUCGGAACGAAUUACCGCUGAUGAUUGUUUACAUAGUUGCUUAUUUGAUAACUACCGUAAAGAAGCUAGCGGUGAACCGUCAUCAGAAGAAGCCUUUCAACUCGAUUUAUCACCUUACAAUCUUCAAGAAAUUCGGUCGAUGCUCUUUCAAAAAGUUCGCCUCAUUCAUCAACAAAUGCAAGACAAAGCACUAUUUUUAAAUGAAAAGAAAUUAGGUAUUGAAGACAUGGACUGCUGUUAA